CCCUGCGUGAUUGGCUUCAAAGUGGCUGGUGCCAAACAACUAGCAGAGGCGCAAAAGUAGCGCUGGGAGCCCGGAGCAGGAGGCAGAGCCCGCGGGAAGCUCGGAGCACUCCGGACGCCGCGCGCCCCUCCCCGCCCUCCCUGACCAGGGAGCAGCUCACGCCAGACGCGCAGCCGAGGCUCCCAGCCCAGUGGGAGCAAGUCACAGAAAACGAUUUGAGAGACGGAGAGAGACGGUCGGAGCGCGCUCUCCUGCUCGGUCCUGAAAAGUGAGCCGCUCCCGGGUUUGCAACCUCAAGCUUCGCAGCAGCGGCGGCGGCGGCAGCGGCCGGGAAGGAGGCAGGUGCAGGUGCAGGAGGGAGGCGGCUCUGGGCUCCGCGCCUGGGUCUCGGCCAUGGCCUCAGUCCUGGGGAGCGGCAGAGGCUCUGGAGGGCUGAGCAGUCAACUCAAAUGCAAGUCCAAGAGGAGGAGGCGGCGGAGGUCCAAGCGGAAAGAUAAAGUAAGCAUAUUGUCAACCUUCCUCGCUCCCUUCAAGCACCUGAGUCCUGGCACCACAAACACAGAGGAUGAAGACACUCUAAGUACCAGCAGCGCGGAGGUGAAGGAGAACCGCAAUGUGGGCAACCUGGCCGCGCGGCCACCGCCCCUGGGGGACCGGGCCCGGGGCGGUGCCCCCGGUGCGAAGAGGAAGCGGCCGCUGGAGGAGGGGAAUGGAGGACACUUGUGCAAACUGCAGCUGGUCUGGAAGAAGCUGUCGUGGUCCAUGGCGCCCAAGAACGCGCUGGUGCAGCUGCACGAGCUGAGGCCGGGCCUGCAGUACCGGACAGUGUCGCAGACGGGCCCGGUGCACGCCCCGGUCUUCGCGGUAGCGGUGGAGGUGAACGGGCUCACGUUCGAGGGCACGGGCCCCACCAAGAAGAAGGCCAAAAUGCGCGCGGCCGAGCUGGCGCUCAGGUCCUUCGUGCAGUUCCCCAACGCCUGCCAGGCGCAUCUGGCCAUGGGUGGCGGCCCGGGCCCUGGCACGGACUUCACCUCUGACCAGGCGGAUUUCCCCGACACGCUCUUCCAGGAGUUCGAGCCCCCGGCGCCACGCCCCGGUCUCUCGGGAGGCCGCCCCGGGGACGCAGCGCUUCUGUCCGCGGCCUACGGGCGACGGCGGCUGCUGUGCCGCGCGCUGGACCUGGUGGGCCCGACCCCCGCGACCCCCGCGGCCCCUGGUGAGCGCAAUCCCGUGGUGCUGCUGAACCGCCUGCGCGCUGGGCUGCGCUACGUGUGUCUGGCGGAACCGGCUGAGCGGCGGGCGCGGAGCUUCGUGAUGGCCGUGAGCGUGGAUGGCAGGACGUUCGAGGGCUCCGGGCGCAGCAAGAAGCUGGCCCGGGGUCAGGCCGCGCAGGCCGCGCUGCAGGCGCUUUUCGACAUCCAGAUGCCCGGCCACGCACCCGGCAGGGCCAGGAGGACGCCAAUGCCGCAGGAAUUCGCAGACUCCAUAUCCCAGCUGGUCACACAGAAGUUCCGCGAGGUGACGAUGGACCUCACGCCCAUGCACGCCCGCCACAAAGCUCUGGCAGGAAUCGUCAUGACCAAAGGACUGGACGCUCGGCAAGCACAGGUCGUGGCCCUGUCGUCGGGGACCAAGUGCAUCAGCGGCGAGCACCUCAGUGACCAGGGGCUGGUGGUGAAUGACUGCCACGCAGAGGUGGUGGCCCGGCGGGCGUUCCUGCACUUCCUCUACACGCAACUGGAGCUGCACCUGAGCAAGCGGCGCGAGGACUCGGAGCGAUCGAUAUUUGUGCGGUUAAAAGAAGGCGGCUACCGGCUGCGGGAAAACAUCCUCUUCCAUCUCUACGUGAGCACCUCCCCCUGCGGAGACGCAAGACUCCACUCGCCCUACGAGAUCACCACAGACCUGCACAGCAGCAAACACCUCGUCAGGAAGUUCCGCGGGCACCUGCGCACCAAGAUCGAGUCCGGGGAAGGGACAGUCCCCGUGCGUGGCCCCAGUGCAGUGCAGACCUGGGACGGCGUCCUGCUGGGGGAGCAGCUGGUCACCAUGUCCUGCACGGACAAGAUUGCCAGGUGGAACGUCCUGGGGCUUCAGGGCGCGCUCCUGUCCCACUUCGUGGAGCCCGUGUACCUGCAGAGCAUCGUGGUGGGCAGCCUGCACCACACGGGCCACCUCGCACGCGUCAUGAGCCACCGCAUGGAGGGUGUCGGCCAGCUGCCCGCCUCCUACCGGCACAACCGGCCUCUCCUCAGCGGCGUGAGUGACGCCGAGGCGCGCCAGCCGGGGAAGUCGCCCCCCUUCAGCGUGAACUGGGUCGUGGGCAGCGUGGACCUGGAGAUUAUCAACACCACCACGGGGCGGAGGAGCUGCGGGGGCCCCUCCCGGCUCUGCAAGCACGUGCUGUCUGCGCGGUGGGCGCGGCUGUACGGCAGGCUGAGCACACGGACACCCAGCCCCGGAGACACACCCUCCAUGUACUGUGAGGCCAAGCUGGGGGCGCACACCUACCAGUCUGUGAAACAGCAGCUGUUCAAGGCCUUUCAGAAGGCUGGCCUGGGCACCUGGGUGAGGAAACCGCCAGAGCAGCAGCAGUUUCUACUGACUCUCUAGGCUGCAGGCUCCUGGCUGCUGGAGCUGAGCGGGACGUUGGAGGGACUGGGCCGUGUCUGGGGGGCGACGCAGCGGGUUGGCCGGUUCCCUGCAUUCGUUUUCCUUUGGUGUUCCAGAAACACGCGCGUGUGCAAUGUUUGGACAAGCAACCAGACUGGAAUUCAGAACAUGCCUCUUCCCAGAUCGCUGGCCCCAGAACCAUGUCCCCCACACCCAGGGGCACACGUGCUGUUGAGUUAGCACCAACUCUUCCUGUGGCAUCCGAGGGAAGGGCUCCAUUCAGGCAAGGGGGCUUAGCUGCGGCCUUGGAAGGCGGCACCGACGCAUCGCCAGGCAGGAGUGAGCCUCAGGCCCUGUCCCUGCACCCCACCCCUGCGUGCGCCUCUCGGCGACGUUGGGGUCUAACAAGCACAGCUUUAGGGGGCACAUGAAGAUAAGCCACAAGCGAAGAGAAAAGCCAUGCCCACCCCAGCCCCAGAGAAACCAAUAAGAAUCCUCUAUUAUUUUCAUUAUUCAUUUCGGUUUUUAUACUCCACCUCCUUUCAAAAAAUAUUUUAAGAUGCACGACAUUACCGAACACCUAAAAUAGAACCAGAGAAACAAAAGCCAUUCCCGCAAAGUGAAGGAAGAGGUCCCAAAGCCCCCGUGAGGCAGAGUUAAGACCUGUGAUGUGGGGAGCCUGGAAACACCUGGCCCACUCGCGCUGUAGAGGUGGGGAGCCUGGAAACACCUGGCCCACUCGCGCUACAGAGGUAGGGAGCCUGGAAACACCCAGCCCAGGCGCGCUGCAGAGGUGGGGAGCCUGGAAACACCCAGCCCACGCACGCUGCAAAGCCACGCACGCCUGUUCAGUCCAUCACCAUGUUUGGUUUAUUGUGGCCGAUACUGAGAGCCACUGAGGUCUGUGUUGUGUAAGGGUUAGCUACCACCCUAUAACCUCCCUACCAGGUAAUAAGGAGAUGAAGUCUUUAAUCAAAGUCUGACUUUUUAACUAAAUUUUCAUUAGAAAGCAAGCAUAAAAUAAAAUUCAAAACAACCUUUACCUUCAGCUUGAGAGGCUACCAGCUCUCCGCUCUUUCAGAUUCUCCAAUCAACAGCUUGCAGGACAAGACCCCAAAAAAGUUCAGCUGUCAAAAAAUGUAAGAGGCAGGAUUCUGUGACCCUCAGAGAAGGCUUCCAACAUGAGAGACCUUCAGCUCACAGUGGAGAUGGGACACAGGGGCUUUAGCCCACAGCGUCAUCCCUGAGAACCGAGGCGCUGUAUUCAUACAGGGGUCAGGCUCUUUUCCAAGUAUCUUUACGUAAUCCAUGUGCCUCGAGUUGCUGUCCAUCUCAUCACCGAUAACUUAUUUCUAACAUUCAUCAUGCUAGGUAGCCAGUCUCUCAUUUCUCCAAUUUAAAAAAUCCAUCUCUGAAAUUCAUGACGGUGAUGGCAGAUGGCAAAGCAUGGUGGUGUCCACCUCCGGAUGCUGGUGUCCACCUCCGGAUGCUGGUGUCCACCUCUGGAUGCUGGUGUCCACCUCUGGAGUGUGGGCUUCCUGGAAAUAAUCCCAGCUGACCACCCCAGAAAGUGCAAGAAUAACAUCGUGCUGUACAUAGUCGAGUGCUAUAAAUUACAGUUAUCAUAAUGAGAAGGCAGAAAUGAAACUGAGUUGUAGCUAUUUGUUACAAGAUAAUAAGAAGUAGGGAUAUUAGUAUGGAAAUAGAAACUUUUCCUGGGAUUUAAAAUAAGGCCAAAUUUAUCAGUCGAGUUUUUUAGAAAAGAAAACAGGCACUGGAGUAGGCAACUUCAAGAUAAAGUUUCAAAAGAUAUGAGAACAUUUUUUCAAAUAAAGGACUCAUACUAAUAUUUUAUAAAAAUCACAAAAAUAAAUGAAAUCUUAAUUCAGUGCAAAAGCUAAGCUCAAACGACCAGUUUCUAUUAAGUUCUGGUAACUUGACAUCACUAAGAUGAAGCUUAGAGAACUGAGUCAAGAGGCAAUGGGAGACUCAGACGUUCGCAGCCGUCAGAAGCGAGCACUCCCCUGAACGUGUGGGAGCACGGCCAGCUCCUGGCUAAAGUCUCUGACCCAGGCCUCAAAUCACCUUCAUCUGAGAUGUUGGCUAGAGAAGCAUAUGAUGCUUUCCCCCAGUGGGCUCCAAAUCACACUGUUUCUGCAGGGUCUGAUUCACAGGACUCGGAAAGCGCUCAGCCACCCAGUGACCAGCACCAUGAAGCCGCACCUGUGGGGUUGGGAUUCGUGGUGUCUCAGGCACUGACCUUCCAGAAACAACUCAGACUUUACUGAAAUAUCGACAUCUACAUUGGAGAAAGCCACACAUUAAUUCCACGCUACCCACUAGUACAAGUGUGUGGAUUCGUUUAUUAAGUCCACAGGAGACUCCAUGGAAGGAGAGAUUAAAGCUCUUCAGAGAAGGUUGAUAGCAAGAGAAAAGUUUCCAAAGCAGCCAGAAGUGAGUUUGAGGUGCUGGAGCUUUUCCAUGGAGGGAUCUGUCAGAGGAGAUGUGGGCUGCAGUGGGGACCCCUUGUAAGGAGAGGAGGGUCCCAGGCCCUGGGUAGUGAAAGGAGAAGGAAGUCGAGGCAGUCAGGGGUGACCCCACAUGCGGGAAGCAUGCCACACCAGAUCACGCCACACACAGGUUGCUCCCAACUGGCAGGGCCUGAGGAUUCCACAGCCCCGGGAGUGCCUGGAAGACCCCGGUCCCAGGAUUCCCACAGCCGCAGCUAUGCUUGGAGGGGCCAGGUCCCAGGAUUCCCACAGCCCCAAGAGUUUCUGGAAAAGCUGGGUCCCAGGAUUCCUACAGCCCCAGGUGUGCCUGGAAGACCCAGGUCCCAGAAUUCCUACAGCCCCAGAUGGGCCUGGAGGGGCUGUGCCACCUCUGCAGAGAUAGAAAGGCUGGUGUUGAUGCCUGAGGAUUUUGCCCUUGGGUCCAGGUCAGAACAUCCCAGCACCACUCUUAGGCCAGGUCUGCCCUGCAGUUUUGACCACUGAAUUGGUCUUAAGAGUGGCCACGGCCGGGCGCGGUGGCUCAAGCCUGUAAUCCCAGCACUUUGGGAGGCCGAGACGGGCGGAUCACGAGGUCAGGAGAUCAAGACCAUCCUGGCUAACACGGUGAAACCCCGUCUCUACUAAAAAAUACAAAAAAACUAGCCGGGCGAGGUGGCAGGCGCCUGUAGUCCCAGCUACUCGGGAGGCUGAGGCAGGAGAAUGGUGUAAACUCGGGCGGCGGAGCUUGCAGUGAGCUGAGAUCCGGCCACUGCACUCCAGCUUGGGCGACAGAGCGAGACUCCGUCUCAAAAAAAAAAAAAAAAAAAAGAGUGGCCACGCACCCCCCUCCAAGUGAGGGGGCAAGACACAAGUAGGGGACGGGUCACUUUCUGUCACCCUGAAAAUACACUGGGCACAACACAAUGGGGGCUGAUGAAGUCAGGCCGGCCCCUCCGAGUCCACUUCAAAAUCACGGCCUGGCUCCCCCACACUUCCCACCACCUGACACCACCGAGCCCCUUGCUUCAGAUUUUCUGUGGUCUAUAUUCAUGCCUGCUUAGGCCCCCUACAAAAGUCCUCAUAAAACCAACGCCACCUUUAUCUGCCUCCAAAACACAUACUGCUUUCCCAUCGGGAAGAUCAGCAAUGUGGUUUCCUGCCUGGUUCUUAGUCAAAAAGUCAGUAUGUGGUGGUUUCCGGAAUUUUGCAGGACUGAGCGGCAGGGAACAGCUGCACACCAGCAGACUCUGCCGUCCACCUCCAGUCUCGGUUUCGCAGCCGUGUGUGAUGUCAAGGGAUGGAUGGAGUUAGGGUUUCCAUUGGUUUUGUUUUUGCCGAGGAAAGGAUGUGCGGGUCGAUAGCUAUUGUUUCCUUUCCAUUCCUGCGAUUCUCUUUACAUCUGUAUAUAUCUAUCACACCAUGCUGAUUUUGUGAUGAGGCCUGUUCCUCAGAAAUGUCAAGCUGGGUUCCUUGUCAAAGAAACACACAGCUCCUAUUUCUCCACUUUUCAAAGAAACACACAGUUCAUAUUUCUCCACCUCAUUUUGUUUUCACAGGGAGCUUUUCUUAUCAACAAAGUCACAUGCUUUUUUUUGAUAUAGUGUUUACCACAUCUGGAGAGCCAUAAACAGUAAAUACAGAGGAUAUCAAUGCCCAGAAUAGUUAGAGUAUUUUGAUGAAAUCCUAUUUUUAGAUGAUAAAUUUCAAGAUGUGUCUAUAGUAUAUUGUUUAAAACAAAGACAUUUGAGACGUACAUAAAGUAGACAUUUUUAAUUUAGGGAAACUUAUAUGCCCUUUUAUAAGAAGCCAUUCUAAUAAAAUAAUCUGACUACUUGGCCCAAAAUACAGUAAGUAUCAAUUUCUAACGGAGACCAAAGGGAAGCUGAGAGCCUUUCUUUUUAUGUACUGCUGUUGGAUCGCUGAGGCCGCCUCUUGUAACGCCCGACAAAACCCGGCGAGGCUCUGUGGGCUUCCCGCGGCCCUCAGGGAGGCUGCAGAGGCCCCUCGUCCACAUCAGGAGGCCGCCGUCCCACACCCCCCCAAAGCCUGUCCUCGCCUGCGGUUUUUGCAGAGCUCGCGGUUGGAGGUGGAAAUUUAGAAGCUCUGUGUUGCAGGCGAGGCCGUAGCACCCCCAGGCAGCUCUUAGCAGGGACAGACCAAUCCCGUCUCGCUGGUAUUUUAGGGUCUUUUGGUAUUUUGCCACCGUGUGGGGCUAGGCAGGCGGCUGCAGGACACGGCACGGGCCUCACCACUGCAUGAGCAGGGCUGUUUCUGGCAACGCUGGGCUGCUGGUGGCUCCUGUCAAACUUCUCCCAAAUUUUGAAUCUGAGAAAGUGAAGGAAGGAUGGUGGGGAAGUGAGGAGGCAGGAGCAGAGGCCACAGGGGACCAAAGAUGUGGUGAAGACAGAGGGAGCUUCCUUCUCAGGCCGUUUCAGGGAAGCCUGAGAGGCGGCUGGCACCACCUUCCGCUCACUCUCCCCUCAGCCACUUCACUUCCCUUCUUGCCCCUUUCUCUUCUCCCUGCCUCUUCCCUUUCUUGCUGUCUUGUUAGUCCCUGUCCCAAAGCUCCUGGCUCCUUUGUUCUGCUGCCAUGGCCCCCACCCAGGAGGAGGUCGUCUUAGGCACCAUCCCCACCAAGGGAUCCACGCAGCAGGUUCAUGCUGGGGCUGGGGGAGCCCCGUUGGGUUCCUAUGUGGCAGGUUCAUGCUGGGGCUGGGGGAGCCUCGCUGGGUUCCUAUGUGGCAGGUUCAUGCUGGGGCUGGGGGAGCCCCGUUGGGUUCCUAUGUGGCAGGUUCAUGCUGGGGCUGGGGGAGCCUCGCUGGGUUCCUAGGCAGCAGGUUCAUGCUCAAGGCUAGGGAAGCCCUGCUGGGUUCCUGACGCCUUGUGCACAGGGAGUCACUGUAGUCAUUUUUGGACUCUCCUAAAUGUGUCCACGUGAUCUGACCUCCCACCAGAAGGAACACUAGUGGCCACAUCUCUAGACAUCUGUUUACUUUUUUGAGACCGGCUUAUGAGACUGGCUAAUUUUGUAUUUUUGGUAGAGAUGGGGUCUCGCCAUGUUGCCCAGGCUGGUCUCAAACUCCUGGCCUCAAGCGAUCUGCCCACCUUGGCCUCCCAGAGUGCUGGGAUUACAGGCAUGAGCCACCGUGCCGACCUCUAGAGAUGCGCACGAAACAAUAUCGCCCCUGCGGGAACCAUAGGCAGAUCGAACCCUGGUGAGAGGAACACUUUAUUUCCCAACUCAUCAUCCUAAAGCCGAGGCUGGAGGGAUGAGCAACCCCUAAACACCAAGGCAAGAUCACCUGGGUCCCAGGGCCUCUUUUCACACAGGCCCGAGAUUUCUCUCUGCAGUUUAUGCAUCGGUAAAAAAAAUCUCUCCCAGCGCACCCUGUUAGUUUUCAGCAUUUUGUAAGCAAAAUGAACUUAAUACAUAGUAAUUCUAAUUGAAGGUAUGUACAUAAUAAAAGCAUGAUUGAAUGGCAAUAUUGUAUCAAUGGAUGUACAUUUGUAAUAUUUGUAAAAAAAAAUCCAAAACCUUAAAAUAUGAAUUUACAUAUGUUAAUUUGCCUUUAAGUUCUGUAAAUUGCACUUCAGUGAUAUCUGAUAAGUGAAUGUUUCUGUUAAGUGAAUAAAAAUAUUAAGUAAAAUUGUUCUUUC